AUGGACAGCUCAGCAUUUACUAGCAGCAAAAUGCGUUAUAUGUUCAAUCUGAUUAACGAUUCUGCCGAACACUUUGCAGAAUUUUACUUGAAACAGAAUAAAGAUAUAAUUUCUUUGGAAAUGAAGGAUGCUUAUACAAAAGCAACUACUGAUAUCAUAGCAAGUUGCGCUUUCGGAAUACAGUGCGAUUCCUUGAAUGAUAGUCAAAAUGAUUUCUACGUCAAAGCUCGAAAUGCCUUCGAUUUUAGUGGUUUUCGUAAAUACAUAUUCUUUAUGUACAAUACUUGUCCUACAGUUAUGAAGAUGUUAGGGUUUAAAAUAUUUCCCGAUGACAUUGCUAAUUUCUUCAGAAGUGUCAUCAACGAAACUAUUCAUGUGCGUGAGAAAAAUGGAAUCGUUAGACCUGAUAUGAUUCAUUUACUCGUGGAAGCGAGGAAGGGAAAAUUGCACGAAGAUACGAGCACCACGGAAGUUUCCUUUGUUGCAACUGAAAAAUAUAGUUUAAAUAGGAAGAUAACCAACAUUAAAAUCAGCAACGAAGAUAUUACAGCUCAAGCUGUGAUUUUCUUCUUAGGUGGCUUCGAUAUAACUUCAUAUCUUAUGUGUUUCUUAGCUUACGAUCUGGCUGUUAAUCCAGACAUCCAAGAUAAGUUGAGACAAGAAAUUCAAGAUACUUUGGAAGACUAUAAUGGCAAAGUUACUUACGAAGCUUUGAUGAAGUAUUUGUAUAUGAUAAUAUCUGGUACUUAA